UUCAAAGAAUCGCGUAUUAAUAUUGUACUUAAUUGUGACAUAUUUUUGUAACUGUUUUGUGUGUGUGUUCAUGUAUCGGUUCUAUUCUGUCUCAGAAGCUUUAAGUUCUGCUUGUUCAAGUGCAGAUACACACGAAAGUGGUGCAAGCUUUUUUUCUACUGAUACAACAACAAGUAGCAGCAAUAAAAGAUUUGGUGGACAAACAACAAAAAGUGUUCAUCAAGAUUUAAUUUCUCUAAACAACAACAACAAAAUUAAUAAUAACAGAAAAAUGUUAACAUCAACACCUCCAAUAAUCCAACUUCAAGUAACAUCUAAUGGGCAUGAAUGGAAAGAAGAAGAAGAAACUUCAACAACUUUUAUGUCUUCCCCCCAAAUAAAUGGAAACCUUCAACAACAACAGAAUGGAGGAGGGAAACAUUCAUCUUCUUUUUGUCAUUCACCUAUUUUUGGAAUCAGUGUUGGCGCACUUUUUGGUGGACAGAUUAUGCCUUUUAACAAUAAUAACAAUAAUAAAGAAGCUGCUAAUAUGUUAAACGGAACAGACAAAAGGCAUAUCUUUGCCCGUCAAAAGUCUGAAGAGGCGGACCGCAAGCGUCGUAUGACUAUGCCUUUAGUUUACAGAAUGUACGAAAGUCAACGUGAAGAUUUAUGUGGUACUAUACGUGGACCUGAUGAUGAUUAUUUCCACCCAGAAGAAGCAUCAAAACAAUUAAGGGAAGCAUUAUCAACAGGAAUACAGAGCCAUGACCAAACAAUUAUCAAUGUCCUUUUAGCCCAUAAUAAUUUUCAAAGACAAAAAAUUGCUACAACAUAUGAAAAUAUGUUUUGUCGUAAACUUUGUGAUGAUAUUGACGAGGAAGCCGGCGGUCAUUUUGCUGAUUCUGUUAUUGCAUUGUUAACACCAGCACAUAUUUAUUCUACAAAAACAUUGUAUUAUGCUAUUUCUGGAAAGAGUUUUAGUCGUUGCGUUGCUGUUGAAAUUGGUUUGACUGGGACUACACAACAAUUAAAAGUAAUUUGCGACACUUAUCAAACAGAAUUUCGAACAUCAUUAGAACGCGAUUUAACAAUGAAAAUUGAAGGUCUUUUUGGCAAAAUACUCUUACAAUUGCUGGUACGGAAGGAUGAACCAAACAAUAAAUCAAGUGAUAAUGAAGGAGAAGAAGAAGAAGAAAUUGCAAUACGUGAAGCUGACAAACUUUUUGUGGAGGGUGGAAUUGAAGAACUUGGACGGUCUUUUGACCUUUUCAAUCGAAUUUUUGGUCUUCGCUCAGCUUCACAAAUCCGAGCAUUUGUUCAACAUUAUGAUAGAAGAGCUAUAGCUGCAGCAACAACAACCUCGCCAACGACCACAAAUAUAAGUACAAAGACGAAUGAUACAAUGUUGAGUGGAAGUAGUGGUGGUGGUGGGGGAGGAGAAGGCCCUUUUCAUAAAAGUCGUGAACGUAGUCAAGAACGCCGUGGCCGUGAUUUUGAGACAAGCAUUCGAAAAUGUGUAAAUAUACAUUCUGAUGUUAAACAAGCAAUACUUCUUUAUGUGAGAAUUGCAAAGAAUAUGCAACUAUACUUUGCAGAACGUUUACACGAAGCUAUAUCACAAAAUAGGCCUGAUCAUUCAUCAAUUAUACGAAUUUUAGUUUCUCGUAGCGAGAUUGAUUUAUACGACAUUUGCAACGAAUAUAAACGUCGUUAUGGACAUCCUUUAGUCUAUGAUUUGCAACAAAUGUGUAGUGGUGAUUUCUUUCGUCUAUUAAGUCAAUUGGUGAAUCCGUCAGAGUUGGCUAGUGGGGAUGCUGAGGUUUUUUAA